GCUUUGGCUUUUGCAAUAGAAGUAAAUAAUUACUACUUAGAAGAAAUUAGAUGUUUUUAGGUCCCAAAGAUUUGGGAGUUGUUGUUGCCCGCCAACAUCCUCUUGGCUUAGCUCAUUCUAAUUAUCUCCUACAACAGAUAUCAGUAUUGGAGGGUGAAUUACAAGCCAGCACUGAAAAUGGUUUCUGAAUUAAUAAAUGCCAACCCCGUCGUGUAUAAAAAGAAGGAGCGGCGAGAUAGAGGUGCCAGAACUGUUCUGGAUGAAUAUGCAGCUGAACCUAUCGACCAGCUAGAAAUUUUUGACCAUAUUAGAGAUAUAAAAGAUCCAGAGCAUCCCUAUUCUCUGGAAGAGCUGAAAGUUAUAACAGAAGAUGCGAUUGACAUAGAUGACCAGCGAAGCUAUGUAAGGGUCACAUUCACGCCUACCGUGGAACAUUGCAGCAUGGCGACUGUUAUUGGAUUAUGCUUGCGUGUGAAGCUUAUGCGAAGUUUGCCUUCCCGUUAUAAGGUCGAUAUUAGAGUAGCACCGGGGAGUCAUGCUACGGAAACUGCAGUAAAUAAGCAGUUGAAUGAUAAAGAACGCGUAGCUGCAGCAUUGGAGAACCCUAACCUCGUCGACAUGGUUGACGAAUGCCUCGCUCCAUCGUAUGCAUGAGGAAUCUUUUGUUUAGGUGUAUGGAGAUCCAACCUGAUUAAAGGCUUUUCCUAGACCAUGUUAUAUUGCCUGUUAUGACUUGUGAAUGUUUUUUAGACCUUUGGGUUCUUGUAAUUCAAUUAUUAAUUUCAUAGAUACAUUUGAGCUAACUUCACUCUCACUCAUGAAAACAAUAUUUUCUCCGUCAACUUUUACUUGUCCACUGUUCAUUA